UAUACUAUCUUAUUUAAUCCUAUUCUUUUUUAUGUAUGUUCUUUUCAUUAUAAUAAUAAACAAGUUAUUUUUGAUUGCAGGUUUCCACGAGAACAACAGACUCUGCCAAACCAUUUCUACUUCACAGACUUCGAGAGGCAUACCGCUGAAAUUGCUUCUUUUCAUCUAGACAGGCUUUUAGGGUUUCACAGAGCAAUGCCGGUGAGCGGUCGGACUCUCAAUGUUACAACGGAAAUUUACCAGAUUGCCGAUGGUGAGCUGCUUAAAACGUUCUUUGUGAGUCCGGCCGGCAACCUGUGCUUCCAUGGUAAAUGUAGUUACUAUUGCGAUACGGCACAUGCUGUUUGUGGCAAUCCUGACACCCUAGAGGGUAGCUUUGCCGCCUUUUUGCCAGAUAAGGCUUUCGCUGCUAGGAAGGCCUGGCGGCAUCCUUGGCGUAGAAGUUAUCACAAACGGAAGAAGGCCCAGUGGGAACAUGAUUCGGAUUACUGCUCUCUGGUAAGAGAAAUUCCACCAUAUGAUGAAGGUCGACGAUUGCUUGAUCUAAUGGACAUGGCGGUUUUCGACUUUUUAACGGGCAAUAUGGACCGCCAUCAUUACGAAACGUUUAGAAUUUUUGGAAACGAUAGUUUCACGUUACAUUUGGAUCACGGAAGAGGUUUUGGAAAACCUUUCCAUGAUGAGACGUCUAUUUUAGCACCUCUUUUGCAAUGCUGUAUCAUCAGACAGACUACUUUAAAUACUCUACUCCGCUUCCAUAAUGGACCCAUACGGCUCAGCACCGCUAUGCGGCAGAGUAUGGCAAAGGAUCCUGUAGCUCCCGUUUUAUGGGAACCUCAUUUAGAUGCCCUAGACCGGCGGAUAAGCAUUGUCCUGCAGGCCGUCCGCGAUUGUAUUACCCGCGAAAAUUCUUCGCAACAGGUCAUCCAGAGCGAUAAAAUUGAUUCGAAAUUAUAGCCUUUGAUCGCAAUCUAGAAUAAUUAAUCGUGAUGUGUAAAAACAUGUAAAAAAAAAAAUCUCUUGUUUUUCCUCUUUUUUUCUCACCUUAUUGU